CGCCGCGGCUGCUGGGCUUGUAGGAUCCGCGGCGGAGCUCGAGCCGCGGCAGGAGCAGUGGCCUGAGAGUUAGGGGGGCGGGCCAGCUCAUUUUUGGGGUGAAGGCUGAAAUCAGGCGGGCUAGAGCUAGGGGACAACGGCUCCCCAGGCUAAAGGAACGGGCACUCCGAGCACCAGAGGCAGUGGCGGCGGGAGCCGGUCUGAGGGGGCGGCCCCUGGCGGCGACGCCCCCAGCCCUGCCCUAGCCGGCCCCGCUCCAUCCCCAGCCCGAGCCGGCUCCGGACACGAAGGACGCGGGCGGAGGCUAAGGAAGACGGCUCCGAGGGGGCGGGAGGGCGAGCCUCCCUUCUCCUGAGUCUUUGCACGUCCGCUCCCGAGAGAGACCCACACCUGAGCCGGGACCCACCCCCGGCCAGGACCACGCUGGAUCCGCCUCCCCGCCCGGAUCCCGCCCGCCGGCUGCAGGUGGGCUGCAGCGCCCGAGUCGCGGGCAGUGGGCGGCGGGGAAGGAAGGAGGUGAGCGGCGCCCGCUCCGUCCGCUGCUCGGGUCCCUGCCGGGGUCGCCGCGCUCUCCUCUUCCCCUUGUCGCGGGCUGGGUGCGGAGUCCGGCUCGCGCCUCCAGCCUCGAGCCCCGGGGCACCAUGGAUCUCUCCCCGGCGUCUGGUGGAGCCGCAGAGGCGCUGUCCUGGCCGGAGAUGUUCCCUGGGCUGGAGUCCGACUCGCCGCUGCCCCCGGAGGAGCUGGACGCCGUUGUUCCAGUCAGUGGGGCCAUGACCAGUGGCAUGCUGGAUCGCAUUCUUCUGGAGUCCGUGUGCCAGCAGCAGAGCUGGGUCCGGGUGUACGACGUAAAAGGCCCACCUACCCACCGACUGUCUUGUGGUCAGUCACCCUACACAGAGACAACAACAUGGGAGCGGAAGUAUUGCAUCCUCACAGACAGCCAGUUGGUGUUGCUCAACAGGGAGAAGGAGAUACCUGUGGAGGGAGGGCAGGAACAGCAGGCCGAUUCCAACAAAGGGCGGUGUCUGAGGAGGACUGUGAGUGUCCCUUCCGAGGGUCAGUUUCCUGAGUACCCACCAGAGGGCACCACCAAACUGGAGGUGCCUGCAGAAAGGUCCCCUCGCAGACGGAGUAUCUCAGGGACUAGUACAUCAGAGAAACCCAGCUCCAUGGACACUGCAAAUACCUCACCAUUCAAAGUACCAGGGUUCUUCAGCAAGCGCCUGAAAGGCUCCAUCAAGAGGACCAAAAGCCAAUCAAAACUUGACAGGAACACAAGCUUUCGUCUCCCUUCCCUUCGCAAUACAGAUGACAGGUCUCGUGGGCUGCCUAAACUAAAAGAGUCGCGUUCUCAUGAAUCCUUGCUGAGCCCGUGCAGUGCAGUGGAAUGUCUGGAUCUGGGUAGAGGGGAGCCUGUUUCAGUGAAACCACUUCACAGCAGCAUUCUUGGACAGGACUUCUGCUUUGAGGUUACCUACUUAAGUGGAAGUAAAUGCUUCAGCUGUAACUCUGCAUCAGAAAGAGAUAAGUGGAUGGAAAACCUUCGCAGGACAGUUCAGCCCAAUAAGGACAAUUGCAGACGAGCGGAAAAUGUUCUUCGUUUAUGGAUCAUUGAAGCCAAGGACCUUGCCCCCAAAAAAAAAUAUUUCUGUGAACUGUGCCUUGAUGAUACCCUUUUUGCUCGUACAACCAGCAAGACCAAAGCAGACAAUAUUUUCUGGGGUGAACAUUUUGAGUUUUACAGCCUCCCACCUCUACAUAGCAUCACAGUUCACAUUUACAAGGACAUGGAAAAAAAGAAAAAAAAGGACAAGAAUAAUUACAUAGGACUAGUCAACAUUCCCACUGCCAGUGUAACUGGUCGCCAGUUUGUGGAAAAGUGGUACCCAGUGAGUACCCCCACACCCAACAAAGGCAAGGCAGGAGGGCCUUCCAUCCGGAUUAAGUCACGCUUCCAAACUAUCACCAUUCUGCCUAUGGAGCAAUACAAAGAAUUUGCAGAAUUUGUCACCAGCAACUACACCAUGCUGUGUUCUGUCCUCGAGCCAGUAAUUAGUGUGAGGAAUAAAGAAGAGUUGGCCUGUGCCUUAGUGCACAUUCUUCAAAGUACUGGCAGAGCCAAGGAUUUUUUGACUGAUUUGGUGAUGUCUGAGGUGGAUCGGUGUGGAGAGCAUGAUGUCUUGAUCUUCAGAGAGAAUACAAUUGCCACCAAAUCCAUUGAGGAAUACCUCAAAUUGGUGGGACAGCAGUAUCUUCAUGAUGCAUUAGGGGAGUUCAUCAAAGCUCUGUAUGAGUCAGACGAAAACUGUGAAGUAGAUCCCAACAAAUGUUCGUCUAGUGAAUUGAUAGACCAUCAGAGCAACUUGAAGAUGUGCUGUGAGCUGGCUUUCUGCAAGAUCAUCAACUCUUACUGUGUUUUCCCACGUGAGCUGAAGGAAGUGUUUGCAUCUUGGAAGCAGCAGUGCUUGACCCGGGGCAAGCAGGACAUCAGCGAGCGGCUCAUUAGUGCCUCGUUGUUUCUCCGGUUCCUGUGCCCAGCCAUUAUGUCUCCCAGUCUCUUCAACCUGAUGCAAGAGUAUCCUGAUGACCGUACCUCUCGAACACUAACUCUUAUUGCCAAGGUCAUCCAGAACCUGGCCAACUUUGCAAAGUUUGGUAACAAGGAGGAGUACAUGGCGUUCAUGAAUGAUUUUUUAGAACAUGAGUGGAGUGGAAUGAAGCGCUUUCUUUUGGAGAUCUCUAACCCAGACACCAUCUCUAACACUCCCGGCUUUGAUGGUUACAUUGAUCUAGGCCGAGAGCUUUCUGUUUUGCAUUCCUUACUGUGGGAAGUAGUUUCCCAACUUGAUAAGGGUGAAAAUUCCUUCCUACAGGCAACCGUGGCAAAAUUGGGACCCCUCCCUCGUGUUCUUGCUGAUAUUACCAAGUCCCUGACUAAUCCUACACCAAUACAGCAACAAUUGAGACGGUUCACUGAACAUAACUCCAGUCCAAAUGUCAGUGGAAGCAUCUCUUCUGGGCUGCAGAAAAUAUUUGAAGACCCCACUGACAGUGAUUUGCAUAAAUUAAAAUCUCCAAGCCAGGACAACACAGAUAGCUAUUUCAGAGGGAAAACGUUAUUGCUGGUUCAGCAAGCCUCCUCCCAGAGCAUGAGUUAUUCUGAAAAGGAUGAAAAGGAAAGUAGCCUUCCCAACGGUCGGAGCAUCUCUCUCAUGGACCUGCAGGACACUCAUGCUGUUCAAGUGGAACACGCAUCUGUCAUGCUUGAUGUGCCUAUGCGUUUGACUGGGAGCCAGCUUUCCAUAACCCAGGUGGCCAGCAUCAAACAGCUUCGGGAAACCCAAAGCACUCCCCAGAGUGCACCCCAAGUGAGGAGGCCCCUGCACCCCGCCUUGAACCAACCGGGCAGCCUCCAGCCCUUGUCAUUCCAGAACCCAGUCUAUCACCUCAAUAACCCAAUCCCAGCAAUGCCAAAGGCCUCUGUAGAUUCCAGUUUGGAGAACCUAAGCACUGCCAGUUCCAGAAGCCAAAGUAACAGUGAAGACUUCAAACUCAGUGGACCUAGCAACAGCAGCAUGGAAGAUUUCACCAAAAGGAGCACUCAGAGUGACGACUUCUCCAGGCGGCACACUGUGCCGGACAGACAUAUACCUCUUGCCCUUCCUCGGCAAAAUAGUACUGGACAAGCCCCGCUCCGAAAAAUGGACCAGGUUGGGCUAGGUGCCCGAGCCAAAGCCCCACCAUCCCUGCCUCAUAGUGCUUCCCUGCGUAGCACCGGGAGCAUGUCGGUGGCCUCCGCAGCCCUGGUGGCCGAGCCUGUGCAGAACGGCAGCCGGUCCCGGCAGCAGUCCUCUUCAUCCAGAGAAAGCCCCGUUCCCAAAGUGAGAGCCAUCCAGAGACAACAGACACAGCAGGUUCAAUCACCUGUGGAUUCUGCCACAAUGUCGCCAGUAGAGAGAACAGCAGCCUGGGUUCUGAACAAUGGGCAAUAUGAAGAGGAUGUGGAAGAAACUGAGCAAAAUCAAGAUGAAGCCAAGCAUGCUGAAAAGUAUGAACAGGAAAUUUCUAAGCUAAAGGAGCGCCUGCGAGUAUCCAGCAGGCGGCUGGAGGAGUAUGAGCGCCGGUUGCUGGUGCAGGAGCAGCAGAUGCAGAAGCUACUGCUGGAGUACAAGGUCCGGCUGGAGGACAGUGAGGAGCGGCUGCGCAGGCAGCAGGAAGAGAAGGACAGCCAGAUGAAAAGCAUCAUCAGCAGGCUAAUGGCUGUGGAAGAGGAAUUGAAGAAGGAUCACGCUGAGAUGCAAGCAGUCAUUGAUGCAAAGCAGAAAAUCAUUGAUGCACAGGAAAAACGGAUCGUGUCCCUGGAUUCCGCCAACACCAGGCUGAUGAGCGCGCUGACCCAAGUGAAGGAGCGGUACAGCAUGCAGGUCCGCAAUGGCAUCUCCCCCACCAACCCCACCAAGCUUUCCAUCACGGAGAAUGGUGAAUUCAAAAACAGCAGCUGCUGACGGGCUCCAUGAAUAGACAGACUGUGGAAGGAGACAGAAGGAGAUGUACCCGCUCUCCUGGCCCCAGCCCUUUCCCCUGCCCCUCCCAAGUUUACAGAAUAGUGCUACUUCAGAAUGGCUGUGGGAGACCGAAGAAAGGAACCUUGUCUUUCAGGGCGUGAGGCGAAGACUCCAAGGUCGACACUUCCCCCGUGUCUCUUUGUACAUAGGGAACUUAGUUCUGGACAAUGUACAGAAAAUACCACUGUAAAAUACCAAAAGGAAGUUAAUAAUGUAGAUUACCUUUUUAAUUAUUGCUAUUUUUAUUAUUGUUUUGUUGAAAGCACUGCAUUUGUCAGAGGAGGAAAUGUAGGAAGUAUGUGUGUGUGAAGAAUGAGCCUGUGGGUUCAGUAGCUAGAGACCAAGUGUCUGUUAGAAGCACAUGGAGUGCAAUAGGCCGUUGUCAGAGUGAACUUUUCAGGGAUUCAUCUGCCAGUUUAAAAACCCCACUCCAGCCCUUGUCCUUUCAGAAGUGGAAAAAAAAAGCAAAUACUAUGAUCUAAACAAAACAGUAAUUUAUUCUGUUGAUCAACCAGAACUGCUGCUUCUGGUCGACAGCUAAUCUGAUUUGGGGAUUCACUUUUAGAAGACACAGCUGAGGGCUGUAGCAUCAAAACUAGGCGUUAGGAGUGAUUUCUAUGGAACUCCUGUCAAUUUGUUUAUUUCCUUCUGUCUAGAGCAGAUGGGAAUUUUCCAUUUUAGAUAGGGGACCUUUUUUUAAACCCCAAUUGUAAUAAAAAGUGUUUUCCUCUUUAGA